AUGACAAGAGGAACAGGAACAAUUGAUCUAGAAGAUGGAAGUGAUGUCAUUUCAUUGACUGAUAAUACUACUUCUACAACGACAACGAGAUCAGCAAAAGACAACAAAAAAAAACAACAACAACAACAAAGAAAAAGAAGAAUAAUUUCGAUAACUCAAAGAUAA